AUGCGCGAGGUCAAUUUCAGCAUCCCUAACGUCAACAAGGCCUCUGUCAACAUUACGACAACCCUGUAUGACAGACGUGCCCUCGACUGUACAUCAACGCUUCCCCUCAUCAACUCUCUCAACCAUCUUGCCUAUCUCACCACAUCCUCUGCUCGGAUUCGCGAUAUUCUCACUGUCGAUGGCGGCAUUGAGAGACUGGUAUGCAUCCUGAAGGAGGGCCGCAGCCGAGACCUGAUGGAGAUGUGGAAAUGGAGUCUGGCCUUCCAGUGUGUCGUCAACAUCGGUGUGCGGGGCUCGGAGAGUGUGAGAACCAGAGUCGUCGAGGCGGAUAUGGUGCCGGUGAUUGCAACCAUCCUGGACAACUACAUCAAGGUCGUCGACAAGGCCCGCGCUCGGGCGGAUCCAGACACUCAGAGACACUCUUCGAGGCAUCAUGCGAAGCCCGUCCCCACGGCUGGUGAACCUUCGGCUCGCCCGUCCCUCCUGGAACAGGCCGCCCAUACCGAACAACGGGCUUCCCGCCGUCAGGCUCCUCCCCCCAACAUCGAAAUCCCUCCGUAUUUCCAGGACAACCAUGUCGCCGACUCCAAUGCUAUGGACAUUAGCUCCUCGCCUCGUGCGCCGAUGACUUCUCCACCGGAGAGGAGCACAUUUGGUCAGGAAGCUCACAACCACCGAACUCAUGAUCCUCGUUAUCUGCACCCCGGUCAUCGUCAGAGGGCGAUGCAGCCUCUUGCCACCGCUUUGCCCCCCAUGGAUGCGGCCGAUGGCUUCGGCCUGCGGCCCGUUCGUGACACCGAAAGACUCCCCAGCAUGCUCCCCGGAUUGCAGAACGGAAUUACGUCUCAGCCUGAUUCCCCCACCACUCCCAGCGGCCCCAUCCAGGCCCGGAACAACGCAGCGACCACGGUCCCCGUGCAGCGACCGACUCUAAGACAGCAGCGAUCCGCCUCGGGCGAUUCCGACGACGGAAACGCGGAGUCGUUUUCGAUGGAAGACGGUGCCCGGUCUGAAGCGACAAGCGAGCCCAUCGUGCAGAACCAGAUGGAGAUUGAUGAAGUCGGCGACCGACAGGCCAUGCUGAACGGCGUUUCCGAUGGACAUGAUCUCACCGUCACUGAUCCCUCUGAAGGACAAGAAGCCGAGACCUUCAACAUCACUCAUCGGUCCACGGUGGAUGGCAGCACCAUCAAUAACGGCAAUACGCAGACCAACACUGCCCUGGGAUUGUCUCCUGCCCAGGCAGCUAACACGACCAACUCCCCCAACAUUGUUCCUAGCCCGUACUCCCUCUACUUCCGUGACCGGUCGGCGACAGCAUCCCAGAACGUCCUGACCACAAUGCCGCGCGAUGAGGACGUUUUGAUGUCCCUUCAACUCCUCGCCUACGUCUCCAAAUAUUGCAACCUCCGAUCCUACUUCCAAAACUCUCACUUUGUGCCCAAACUCAAGGUUGAUCGUGAACUCCAGAUGUUCGAGGAUGGUUCCUCGCCGAUGGAGACUGCCGAAGAAGAGGACGAGUACCUGCUCCCUGAUGAUGUGAACAUCUUCCCCCUGGUGGAGAAGUUUACUGUUCGUCAUCACUCGAAGGACAUGCAGUACUGGGCUUGUGUCGUCAUGCGAAACCUCUGCCGAAAGGACGAAUCACGCGGUGGUAUCCGGCAGUGCGCAUACUACAAGUGCGGCAAGUGGGAAGAAUUUCAGCGCCAGUUCGCCAAGUGCCGCCGUUGUCGCCGGACCAAGUACUGCAGCAAAGACUGUCAAAAGGCUGCGUGGGUUUACCACCGCCACUGGUGCCACACCACCCCAUGA